AUGCACAACGACACUUGCAUCAACAAACAUUCCGACAACCAGCUCUCAACGCACGCAUCCUCAAUCACGCCUCCAUUAUAUCUUCUUUAUUCUGAAAUUUAAACUCGGACGCCUCGUCAACGCGCCACAAUGUCAAGCAAACGCAUCUCCAAGGAGCUCGGCGACUGCAUGACGAACCCGCCCGAUGGCAUCUUGGUGGCCCUGAAGGACGAGUCGGACAUUCACAACUGGAACGUCACCAUGGCGGGCCCCAGCUCGAGCCCCUACGCCGGCGGUCACUUUGCCCUGGCCGUCAGCCUCCCCACGGACUACCCCUUCAAGUCGCCCACUGUCCGCUUCCUCACACGCAUCUACCACCCCAACGUGACCAACGAUGCAGAUGGCAGCAUUUGUCUGGCGACGCUCAAGUCGGAGAAUUGGAAACCCUCGACAAAGAUCACUGCCGUGCUCGAGGCUGUUCGUCAGUUGCUCAUUGAGCCCCAGCCGGACGACCCUCUCGAAGCGCGCAUCGCCGACGAGUACCGCAACAAUAGGGAAGAGUACGAGAAGAAUGCCAAGACAUAUGUGACUCGGUACGCCAAGGGACCAGCGAACUUCGACACCGCCCCCGAGUCAAAGUGAGCCCAGUUUGCCGGCUGUGGCGCUUGCCAGUCGGCCGCGCAGUGUUGUGGGUAUGGCGUUACGGCCCGCCUUGCAGUGAUGAGACAUGCGGGCGGCGGGGUACACACGGCGUUUGCAUCGGUUCGGACACGUAAAUUGAUUUUGCUCUCAAGUCAUGUAUUAUUCCCAGCGAGGCCCAACCAUGAAUACAAAGCGCUUUUCGUAUACAC